UUAUAUUAUGGAAAUAUGUCGGUAAAGCAGCCGCUUAAAUUUGGCUGUGUGCCACUGAAGAUGGUUGCCCUAGGAGCCAUGAGGCGGAAUUGUUUACUUAUGAAACGAUAUUCCCUUUGUCGUCUGAGCAUGCUGGGUAUGAAUUCUGCACGUGGCCGAAGUAACAAUGCCACAUCUUUUGUGUCAGCCCAAGAACCGACCAGAUGGAAUCUGCAAGUGGAUGUUGAACGUACAAAAGAGGAUCCUCAUCCCUCGUUACCCUUGCUGCUUUACCUGUACAGUCCCUGGCAAAUAGCUGUAGUCAAAUUCAAUCUAUGGAAGCUAAAGAUAUUUUGGGACUGGCAUUUUUCCGAACAACAAUUUGUAGACAACUCGAAGCAGGCUUUUGUUGUCAUCACCAAGUUCAUACGUGAGGAGCGUCGACAGCACAUAAGACGAUGCUCCACACCCAUGGGCUAUAAGCAGAUAAUGCAUGAUCUUGUAAAUCCCAAGGAUAGCAAGUCCAAGGACUGGCCCCGCAAACUGUUACGUUUCGAGAAGCGUCAUAUUCGCCGUGCGUAUCUUUUAAAGGUGCAACAGUUGCCACAUUACGAUCACAAGUUCGCCUUUAUGGAUGUCGUCUUCUGUGCCUGUCGACGCACCAACGAUUUUAGCUCGGAGUCGGAGAUUAAUGAGAUGAACAAACUAGUUGAUCAGUUUAUAGUGACUAGGAAAUUAUUGGUGCCAUAUCCCAUUGUGUUCGCCGAGUUCUUUGUACGCUUCCGAAGGGAUUAUUCGUCGCCGGCAUCGAUUCGCACAGGACAAUGGCUGAUAUCCACCUAUAAAAUUCUUAAAUUGGACAUGCUGAACCAUCAUCCGGAGUUCCACGUUGGCAGUCAACAUGCCACUGACAUCUGCAACUCUUAAGCAGCUCAUUAAAUAACUGUAGAAUAUGUCAAAAAAUCAACAGCAGUUUAACUUGUUCAUCUUGACUUCUUCGUAUAUCAAAAGUCAAACCUGCACGCAUUUCUGAGAAAGCUACGACUAAGGCAUCGCAUAAUCCUCACGAUAAUGAGCUUUGUGCUAUGCACGAACGCCAGGUGGCGCCAGCUGGACGGACAGAGUAAACAGCAAAGUUAUGUUUAAGCAGACAGACCAAGAGAGAAAAAAAAAUAGAAAUAAAAGGCAAAGUGCAUGA